CAGUCACACCCUCUCCUGCCAUCAGGCGCAGCCCACGCGGCGUCUGCUGCCUCUCCUAACGGUUCUGAGUCGCCAGGGACGGACUCGGGCAGCGAGGCGGACAGCCAGCACGACGGUGGGCUAGGGGACGAUUCGUCUAGUGGGAACGAAGAGGACGGGGAGGAAGAGGAGGGGGGGGAGUUUGAGGAGGAGAGCAGUGCACUGGAUUUCAGCCACGAGGUGGUGCUGGGUCGGCCGUACGGUGCAGCGUGUCUGGUGGAGGUGUUUCACUUCCUCUGCUCGCUGCUCACCCUCGAGGAGAACCUCGUUGCCUCGCCACGCGCUGCCAGUCCGCGCACCCCCCGCUCCUACGCGUGGGCGCAUGCGCACGAGGACAUGCCUCUCUUCGCCCUGCAGCUCAUCAGCACUGCUCUGGACCUCACAGGCGAGCAUGUGGCCCAGCACCGGCGCCUGCUGGCCCUUGUGUCCGACGACCUGUUCCGCUCCUUCUUCCUGCUGGCCGCCUCGCCCAACCCGCUCGUCUUCCCGCUCAUCUGCAGCAUCGUGCUGCGCCUCUUCCUGUGCCUGCGCCGCCACCUCAAGCUGCAGCUCGAGGCGUUCUUCCUCGUGGUGCUGGCGCGCGCGGCGCAGGAGCGCUACGCCGUGUCGUACCAGCAGCAGGAAGCGGCGCUGGAGGCGCUGCUGGACUUUUGCCACCUGCCGGAGUUUGCAGUGGAGCUGUACAGCAACUUCGACUGCGACAUCAGCCGCAGCAACCUGCUGGAGGACCUGGGCGGGCUGCUCUCCAAGAGCGCCUUCCCCGUGGCGUCGCCCCUCACCUCGCUGCACGUGCUGGCGCUGGACGGGCUGCUCGAGAUGCUGCGCCACAUGGCCCACCGCGUUGACUCCGGGCCCGCCCCCAAGCCCCCUGCGCCGCCCAGCUAUGGCAGUGGGCGCCAGGCGGAUGGGGUGGAGUUCUGGACGUGCCAGUGGGGGCCUCCUCCGCCCACCACUGCGGCAGCUGCUGCAGGAUGGGGUGAUAUUGGAGAUGCUGGGGCAGGCAAGCAGCAGGCGGGCGUGGCAGGCGAAGGGGGAGGCGAAGGGGCAGGCCAUAGGAGCAGAGCGCGUGCUGACGGUGGUGGGUGGGGCGUGUGGGAGGCGGAGGGCGACUGGGGUCGGUGGGUGGAGUUUGUGCGGGCGAGGAAGCACGUGAAGCGGCGUCUGUUGCAGGGUGCGGAGCAUUUCAACAGGGAUCCAGCGAGGGGUCUGCAGUACCUGCAGGCGGCGAAGCUGCUGCCAGAGGAGCUGGAUGCGCGCAACGUGGCGUGCUUCUUCCGCUACACGCCGGGGCUGAGCAAGCGUGUGCUGGGCGACUACUUGGGCGACCACGAGCCGUUCAAGGUGGCCGUGCUGCACGAGUUCGCGCGCCUCUUUGACUUCUCAGGCCUCGCCCUGGAUGGCGCCCUGCGCACCUUCCUUGAGAGCUUCCGCUUGCCAGGCGAGGCGCAGAAGAUCGCCCGUGUGCUUGAGGCGUUUGCUGCACGCUACUACGAGCAGUGCCCUGACGUGCUGGCGAGCCGCGACGCAGCGUACAUCCUGUCGUACUCGGUGAUCAUGCUGAACACGGACCAGCACAACGGGCAGGUGCGGCACAAGAUGACAGAGGAGGAGUUCAUCCGCAACAACCGCAUGAUCAACGACGGCACAGACCUGCCGCGCGACAUGCUCACGGAGCUCUACCACUCCAUCGCCCGGGACGAGAUCCGCGUGUCCGCCGACAGCCUCGCAGGCGGGGGGUCAGGCGCAGGCAGUGGAUCCGCAGGCGAGAUGAGCUACAGCCGCUGGAUGGACAUCGUGCGGCGCGCGCCCUCAUGCCUGCCGUAUGUGCCGUGUGGCGACUCGAGGCCGCUGCUGGACCAUGACAUCUUCGCGGCGGUGUCGGGGCCCGCCAUCGCGGCCAUGAGCGUGGUGUACGACCACAGCGACUCCCCCGACGUGCUGCGCCAGUGCCUGCAGGGCUUCAUGGACGCCGCCAAGAUCUGCGCCGCGCACUGCAUGCGCGACGCGCUGGACGACCUCGUGGUCUCGCUCUGCAAGUUCACCACUCUGCUAAACCCCGCGGGGGGGGCGGGUGCAGCGGGGGGGCAAGCAGGGGCAGGGGGGUACGAUGGAGGGGGGUUGGAGGAGGAGGAAGCUGCUCUGGCGUUUGCGGAGGAUGCGAAGGCGACGAUGGCAGCGGCGGCGGUGUUCACAGUGGCCAACAGGUACGGCGACUACAUCCGCACAGGGUGGCGCAACGUGCUGGACUGCGUGCUGCGCCUGCACAAGCUGGGGCUGCUGCCAGUGCGCGUGCUGCUGGCGGCGCAUGACGGCGCGGGGCAGGACGAGCUGGUCAAGCUGCCCUUCAUGGGGGACGCCUCCACCGCCACCUCCACACGCGCCGCCAUGCAGCAGCGGGAGGGCGAGGGGCCCGGGGGUAAAGGGGGAGGCAGUGGCAGCAGUGGAUGGGGUCGGGGAGGGGGGUUAAUGCUUCGGUUCAGUCAGCUGUUUCUGCUGGAGUCGGAGGAGGAGCAGCAGCCGUCGCAGCAGCUGCUGGAGGCGCAGCGGCAGGUGCUGCGGGCGAUGGAGGAGUGCCGCAUCGAGGCCAUCUUUGCUGACAGCAAGUUCCUCCAGGCCGACUCCCUGCUGCACCUUGCCAAGGCGCUCAUCUGGGCUGCCUCUUCUGGCAGGCCGCUGCGAGGGGACACUGGCAGUGGGAGAGGGGGCAGUGGCAGCACCAUGGGUGGCGGCAUCGUGGGGGGCAGCACGGUGGACGAGGAGGACACUGCAGUGUUCUGCCUGAGUCUGCUGGUGGCUGUGACGCUCACCAACCGCGACCGCAUUCUGCUGCUGUGGCCUGCGGUGGCGGACCACCUGGCGGCCGUGGUGGAGACGGCCACUGCGCCCACUGCGCUCGUGGAGAAGGCGGUGUUUGGGCUGCUGCGCCUGUGCCGCCGCCUGGUGCCGUACAAGGAGGACGUGGCGGACGAGCUGCUGCGGUCGCUGCACCUCAUCCUGCGCCUGGACGCGCGCCUGGCAGACGUGCUGUGCGAGCGCAUCACAAAGGAGCUGCUGCUGCUCGUGCAGGCACAUGCUGCAGCCGCUGCUGCAGCCACAGCGGCUGCCACUGCAACAGCGGCCGGUUUCCCCAGCAGCUUCCCUGCAUCCCCAGGCGCUCUUUCCCGGGAAUCAGGUCACAUUCGCUCCGCUGCCGCGUGGCGCACGCUGUGCUCGCUGUUGGCCGUGGCGGCGCGGCAUCCAGACGCUGCAGCAGCGGGCUUUGAGGCGCUGCGCUUCGCCAUGGAGGAUGGCAGUGGGGCGCCGUCGCUGCAGCUCACCGCCUCCUCCCUCCACCGGGCCAUGUCGCGAGCAAGGGGUGAGGAGGGGCCACGCAGUGUGCUGCCCGCCAGUCUGCUGCCGUGUCUGGACGCCGCAGUGGAGUUUGUGGAGUCCAGGGCAGGCGGACCAGAGCGGUCUGUGAAGGCACUGGACCUGCUGCUGGGGCUGCUGCGACCGCUGCAGCAGUGCAUGGCGGAUGUCAUGGGGCUAGAGGCAGUGGAGAUAUGCGAGGGGGGCGAGGGGGAGAGGCAGGCGCAGUUGAAAGAGGUCUGGGACGCAUGGAGCAAGCUGGUGUCGGUUUUGGCACGUGCGGGCACGGAGCAGAGGGAGGCGGUGCGCAAUGCUGCCAUUGUGGGCACACAGCAAGUGCUGCUGGCUGCUGGUGGCCUGGGCGUGCCUGUGCGCAUGCAAGUGAGGUGCCUGGAGGAGGUGGCGCUGCCGCUGCUGGACGGGCUGCUGGACUCGGCCACGAGGGAGAAGCCAAGGGAGUUCAAGGGCAUGGAGGGCUCCCUCUCACUCGCACUCAAGCUGCUCACUUCAACCUUCCUCUCUUUGCUGCCUCACCUCCUUCCCAUCCCUUCAUCUCUCACAGCCCAUGCCCACUCGCAUCCUGCUCCGUCCACUGAUAACAACCUGCUUUCCCCCUCUUCCGCUGCCACGUCUCACACUGCCACCGCCUCUGCUCUCGCGUCCCCCCGCACGCCUGCUGCGCACCCUGCUUCUGUGCUGCGCCAGCUGUGGCUGGCAGUGCUGCAGCGCCUGGAGCGGUGCAGCAAGGGCAAGGUGAGGGCUGCUCUGGGCGGGGGGGAGGCGGUGCAGCGAGAGGCGGAGGAGGCAGUGCGGGAGCUGCUGCAGGCCAUGGCCCAGCACAGGGUGCUGCUGCCCCCCGCUGCCCCGCCUGCCGUGCCUGCCGACAGUGGUGGCGAUGAGAAGGGCAGGGAUGGUGGGGGGGGCAGCAGGGAGGGAACAGGUGCAGGGGAGGGAAAGAAUGAAGCUGAGAGUCUGUGGGAAGUGACUUGGCGGGCGGUUGGGGUCAUUGCUCCUGGUGUUACAGUGGACGAGAUGUUACCGGUGGAAACAAGGCGCCCAAGCAGCGAGGGCAAGGACGGGCCGGAAGUAGGGGUGGGGGAAGGGGACUACGUGCUGGUGGGGAAGGAGGAUGGGGAUUCACAUCAGUAGCUACAGGCGGCUGAAGAAUGGCAUGACGCCAGAGUUGGGUAGUGGAAGCUUGCACGGCGAGUGGGAAAGGCGGGGGCGUAAUCGUUUUUGGGUGUCAAUGCAGCAGCACUCUGUCUGUUCAGCUGCACAGCCUUCUCAUGCACACGCAAGAAGGCUCGUUGUACGCAUGCUUGGCAUUUGUGAUCCUGUGCUUUUCACUCUGGUAGCUUUACUGCAGCCUUUAAUAUUGGAAUCGAGGGUGAUUUUUUUUGUAAACUUACGGUAUUCGGUUCACCAUGUUUUCUGCCUCUAAAGUAGAU